GGGGCUGGCACCGCGUCCGGAACCGCGUCCGGAACCGCGUCCUCCCUCCUCCGCCGGCUGAGGUUCCUCCUCCUCCCCCCCUCGGCUGGGAGAGUGGGACCGCGACGAAGCCCGGGAAGCGCCGGCGCUGCGCCAGUGUGAUGAUGAAGGAUAUGGGAUCCUCAGGCCUGGAAGACUUAUGCUCCCACAUCAAUGAGAAGAUUUCAAAUAUUAAGAAGUGUAUCCUAUUGAGAGACAUAGGUGAACAUGAAUCCUGCAAGUCUGUGCUCUGUAAAAUACAGCAUGAGGUGGUCCUUGUACAUGAUCUCCUGAAUACAAUGGAGGCUGAAAUUAAACAGCAAGAAAAACUGAAAGAUUUGCUGAAAGAGAUCCAGAAGGCUGCCGAGAAAGAUCAAAAGGAAGCACAGCACCUCCUUGAACACAUUCCACCCUAUCUGCCUAAACCAACCCAGAACUGCAUCACUGUGAAACAUGAAGGACAAACAAAGGCUGUUGAACCCAAAUCUGCACAGAAACAUUCAAAAGAGACAAAAGUCAUUAAAGAAGCAGCAUUAAUAACCGCAGAGGAGUUUGAAAGUGUUCCUGCGUAUAUGAAAGGCCGUAUAACAUAUGAUCAGGUUAAUGCAGUUGUUCAACAGAUAAACAAGGCCGUGGUGGAAAAGUACAAGAUCUUGUGUCAGCCUCUGAAGUCUAUGAGUUCAUCAGCCAGAAAUCUCUACCACAGGUUUAUAGAAGAAGAAACUAAUGAUACAAAAGGAGCAUUUUUUAUUGUGGAGGCUGAUAUCAAGGAGUUCACUCAGCUGAAAUUGGAUAAGCGCUUCCACAGCAUCCUCAACAUCCUGAGGCACUGCCAGAGAGUGAGAGAGCUGCGCAGCUCGAAGCUCAUCCGCUACAUCAUCUGCUAAGGAGCUCCCCACGUCUGCCUGCCCAGGAGAGAGACCUGUGCUCCUGUCCCCAGACAGCAGCACUGAGGGACAGGGAAUGGUUUCAGGCACCUACCCUAAAUUAGGAGCGGCAUUUGAGUUUUGUUUAGCGAAGUGUGGAGGGGAAGUACCAACCCGAACCAGAAAGGCAACUGGGCAUAGGCAGUUAAUCACAUUUUCUCGUCAGCUCAUGAAAGUUCUCUGCACGUUAACACUGCUCCUUUGGUUCUUUUGUGGUUUUGAGUAUUGUAGGUUAGGAUUUUUCCUUUUUUUUAUUCCUUUCUCUAAGAGAAUUUUUUCCCAUUUGUUGCCUAAGAGAUGGGAACGAUGGAUACUUAAGAGAGACAAAAGAUGUGGCAGGGGAAGGGGGGAUUGUGGGGUGGGAAGGAAAACAGGUGGAGCUGGGGGGAUUUCUCUCGGGAAAUGCAGAUACCAGAGCCUGGGCUGGAGGUCAGUGGCCAGGCUUGGCCCUGGCAUGCUCUUGGGAUCGGAGGGGACGCAGGUGGGGGUUUGUGGCCAGACUGCUGCUGCUGCAGAGAGAAUUCACUGCACUGUGGAGUUCUGUCCUGGCUGCUUCUCCUCACCGUGAGCGAGCCUCUGCUUGUAAGAGCAGCCAUUGAACUGGGCCCUUUCCAACACCCAGCCUCACUGGGAUGGACCCUCUCCAUCUGCUCGGGGAAACCCAGGACCCUGACCCUGCUCCGGGGGGAGAGAGAGCGUUUCCCGGCUGCUUGCAGGAGCCCGGCUGCUGCUGCCCAGCCCUGCUGUUCCCCACAGCACUUCAGGCUUUUAGCUACCCUGAUGGGCAGUGACUGCCCGCAGCCCUGUGGCUGCUGGCAACUCCUGGCACAGCUCCAGAGGCUUUUCCACCCUUGGCUGUCCACCGUGGGUGUGUGCCGGUCUCUGCUGCGUCUCUGCUGCCCUGGAUCCUGCUGCAGCCCAUCCGCCACCUGAGGCUGGGACUGGGCUCCCGGUUCUGCUCGGUGUCACUGCUGCUUGUCUGCCUUCUUUUACAUGUUCUGGUAAAGAACUGUUCUUCUUUCACCCCUCUCUUUGCCUCAAAGCCCUGUAACUUCAAAGUUAUAAUAAUUCAGCAGGAAGUGUGUUAUAGAUACAUUUUAUAUUGUUGGCUUUUCGCAAAUAUUAAAAUAAAUGUUAUAAGAAUGAGAAA